ACAACCAACGGUUGUUUGUUAUGUUUAUGAGUCACUUCACUUCACAAUCUUGACAUUGUGUAGUCAUUUUCUGUGUGUUUGAGUUUUAUUUUGGUUUGACAGGGCAUUUCCAAUCCUCUGUAGGAAAAUUUAAGUGAAAUUACUUUAUUUUGCUUGUAACUCGUACGGUUAAAGAUGUUUUCAAGCGGUCCAAAUUACACAAAGCUGAAAACUCAUUUGAGGUUAGCUAUAAACAGACUGAAGUUGUUGGAAAAAAAGAAAACUGAACUGGCUCAGAAGGCGCGGAAAGAAAUAGCAGAUUACCUGGCUGCAGGUAAAAUUGAGCGAGCUAGAAUCAGAGUUGAACAUAUCAUCCGAGAAGAUUACAUUGUGGAAGCUUUUGAAGUGGUUGAAAUGUACUGUGAUCUUCUGUUGGCUCGUUUUGGACUUUUACAGCAAAUGAAAACCUUAGAUGAAGGCAUUGCCGAAGCUAUAUCAAGCAUAUUAUGGGUAGCACCUCGAAUCCAGUCAGAUAUUCAAGAAAUGUCAGUCAUUACUGAUCAACUUACAGCAAAAUAUGGCCGGCAGUAUGUUGAUGCUUGCAGGGAAGAUGCUGUAGGGUCAAUAUCUGAAAAGUUGAAGCACAAAAUGAGUGUUCAGGCACCACCUAAGCUUCUUGUUGAGAAAUAUCUCAUUGAAAUUGCUAAGAUGUACAAUAUAGAGUUCACUCCUGAUCCACAGGUCAUGAGAGAGGAUGAGCCCCAUGCUGGAGAAGAUGUGCUCCUUUUGGAUCUAGACCAAGACAAAAAUAAUCUGGGGGGUGGUGGAGUCCCUCAACCUGCCGGAUUUGUUGGCUUCCCCCAACCACCAAUGCUGCCAUCUGAUUUCCAGCCUUUUAACUACCCUACACCAAAACCAUCAGCUGGUACAACAGGGGGAUUUGUAGUUCCUCCCCCACUGCCUCAGCAGGCCCCAGCUUCUGACGCCAACGCAGCCAUUGGAGGCUCCUCUUUUGAUCCAUCUGCUGCUCCAUUUAAUGUGAAUCCUGCAUCAAUGUCAUACAAUAUACCUCCCGGAGGUGAUACUAGCAGCAACGUGAACAAUAUGCAGGAUUCUCCUCCUCCAUCUUUCCAUAGCCUGUUUCCUCCAGAUGUCAACAAAAACAAACAGAGCUCUGACCAUCCAAAACCUGCGCCAAGAUCCAAAUUGUCUCCUGGUGAUGAUGUUAAGGCUUCACACAGCAGCGGGAUGAAUUUCCACUUGCCAGAUCUUCCUUCAGUCCCCUCCAGCAGUUUUCCUCCUGAUGAAGUUGAUGGUCGAUCUGGAGCUGAUGACAUUGACUUUGAUGACCUAACAAAACGGUUUGAAGAGUUAAAGAAGAAAAAAUAAUUGUUUUACACAAUUUCAUUUGGCAUGCCUCAAAUUUUCAAGAAUUUUUGAAAACAUAAUGAUAUGCAUUUCAACCAUGAGAGAGGAGCUUUCAUGGUGCAUUCAUGUUACAACCAUGUUAUAACACUGUCGCCAGAUUACUAUUUUUCAAAGCUUGCUUUCCUUGCUUUGUUCAAAAUUUUGAAUCUUGUAUGUGGAUGGUUCUCUUAUCAAUGACACGUGUGACUUGUUUGCCAACUACUAUCUAUUCUGUAUACUUCAGGGCAAUAUUUUUGUGAUAAAUAUGUCAAUGUUUUUAAUUAUCGGUAAUAUCCUUGAAAACGUAGUUAAAUAAUAAUGCUAUUUUAUCAAGCUCAAGAUGUAACUUUUAUACUAUAUUGCUUGUGCUUGUGAGAAGGUAUGGGAUUUAUUCUAGCAAAUUAUCCCCCUACAAAGUUUUAUAGAUUUAUUUGUUGUUUGUAAAUUUUUUAUUACUACCCCAUUUAGUUUAAAUUAUAUUCAAAUGUGCUCUCACAAAGGCUGUAUCUUUUUUUUGAAGAAAUAUAUCUUAAAAUGUUAUUAA